AUGGGCCGCAUCACCUCCAAGUCUCUGGCUAAAUUUGGAAUCUGCCUGACCAUCCUCCUCACUUCCGUGGCUGCGGCCCAAGGUGAGGAGCGGGAGUGUGCCUUCACGGACCAGCAGCAUCAGUGGGACGUGGAUCGCGUGGCGGUGGGCGAGGGCAGAGUCUCUCCAGAGAACACCACUAUCCGCUGCGCUAAGGGCAGCCACUGCUUCGGCCUGUGGGAGAAAAGCCUCCCAGGAGAAGUGAGGCCAGUCAAGCAAGGUUGCUGGCCUUAUCUGGGCGACCAUCAGGAGUGCCGUGAAGACCGCUGUGUUGUGACAAACCUCCCUCCUCAGAUCCAAAAUGGCACCUACCACUUCUGCUGCUGUGGCAGUGACAUGUGUAACGUCAACUUCACCGAGGACUUCCCUCCGCCCAGCCCCACCACCGCACAACCCAUCACCACUCCCGCCCUACGCUAUGAAGAGAUGAUAAUUAUCGCCCUGGCAACAGUUACUGUGAUGCUGGUGGUUGCUCUGGCAGCUUACUUUGGCUACCGUAUGAUGCAUGGAAACGGCAAACAAGGCCUGCACAAUCUGAACAUGAUGGAAGCUGCUGGAUCGGAAAGCUCCUUGGACCUGGACAAUCUCAAACUGCUGGAGCUGAUUGGGCGUGGUCGAUACGGCACGGUGUACUGCGGUUCCCUGGACGAGCGGCCGGUCGCGGUUAAAGUCUUCACUGCGGCCAACCGGCAAAACUUCCUGAACGAGUGCUCCAUCUACCGGCUCCCUCUGCUGGAGCACGACAACAUCGCACACUUUGUGGCGGGGGACGAGCGCACGGGACCAGAGGGGCGGACGGAGUACCUGCUCGUCAUGGACUACUACCCACUUGGUUCCUUGAGUCACUACCUGAGCGGCCAGACCAACGAUUGGGUCAGCAGUUGUCGCCUGGCUCACUCAGUCACCCGAGGCCUGGCUUUUCUCCACACGGAGCUCUUCAAAGGAGACUUGUACAAGCCGGCAGUCUCUCACAGGGACCUGAACAGCAGAAAUAUUCUUGUCAAAGCAGACGGCACAUGUGUCAUCAUCGAUUUUGGCUUGUCUAUGAAGUUGACAGGAAACAGGCCUCCACGCCACGGAGAAGAGGAGAAUGCUGCUAUCAGUGAAGUGGGUACGAUCCGCUACAUGGCCCCAGAAGUUCUAGAAGGAGCUGUGAAUUUGAGAGAUUGCGAGUCGGCGCUCAAGCAAGUAGAUAUGUACGCUCUGGGACUGGUCUACUGGGAAACUUUCAUGAGAUGUACUGAUCUUUUCCCCGGAGAAUCUACGCCAGAAUACCAGGUGGCCUUUCAAGCCGAGGCCGGGAACCACCCGACAUUUGAAGACAUGCAGGUCCUUGUGUCCAGGGAGAAGCAGAGGCCCAAGUUCCCUGAGGCCUGGAAAGAGAACAGUCUGGCUGUGCGCUCUCUGAAGGAGACGAUGGAGGAUUGUUGGGAUCAGGACGCAGAGGCGCGGCUCACUGCGCAGUGUGCAGAGGAGCGACUGGCUGAGCUGCUCCUCAUCUGGGACCGCUCCAAAUCAGUCAGUCCCACCCUGAACCCCACAACUCUGCACAAUGAGAGGAACCGCAUGACUCCAAAGUCCGGACAGUACACAGAUCACCCCUCGACUUACAUCGAGGAGCAUGAUGGGGUGCCCAAAAACACGCAGGCUGACGGCACUAAUGUUGUUAAUGGCAGAGCUGUGACUGGGACCGGUGAGAGAAACCGGAACUCCAUAAACCAGGAGCGGCAGCAGCAGGCUAAUGCUCGCCUGCCCAGCCCAGAGGGCAGCAGCACUAGUGGGCCUGGUAUGAGAGGAAGCCCCUCAACCACCACUACCACCACCAUCUCGGAGUCUGAGGGGCCUACAGCCACUGCCACUGUCCCUGUGUGUCUGCACUUGACCCAGGAGGACCUGGAGACCACCAAGCUUGACCCCAAAGAGGUGGAUAAGAACCUCAAGGAGAGCUCAGAUGAGAAUUUGAUGGAACACUCUCAGAAACAGUUCUGUUCUCCAGACCCCCUGAGCCCCGGCAGCUCCAGUCUUCUCUAUCCUCUCAUUAAGAUGGCCAGUGAGGCGUCCGGCCCCUCUGAGCCCCCUGCCCCUAUUCCAAGCACUAUCUUCCCCUUACCGAAGCAGCAGAACCUGCCCAAGAGGCCAUCCAGUCUGCCCCUGCGCAACAAGCCUGCCAAGAAGGAGUCGUCCUCCUCCUCUCUGAGGUUUAAGUUUGGCCGCUCUGGUAAGUCCAACCUGCGGCAGGUGGACGGGAACAAGGUGAACACUGGUGUUGCACCAGUGAACAGCGCCGCAGAGACCCACAGGCUCAACAGCACCAACAAUCUGCCGGUCCUGAGAGACAUGCACGUGAACGGAGCUGUGAACGGACACACAAGCUCCAUCUCAACCAUCAGCACCGGCUCCAGCGUCCUGCGCUCUGACGACAGCCGCCUCAGCCUGGGGGUCAUCACUGCCAGUCCAGACGAACACGAGCCCCUCCUGAGCAGAGAGCGGGAGCAGCUAGACCCGUCUGCUCUGCGCUCAGCUCGACCCAACACCAACAAUAACAACAGUAACACAGGCUACGGCCAGGGCAACGGAGACGGAGAAGGGGAGAGCGACACAGAAGAGGAGGGCAACAGCACAGAAGCACUAGGCAGAGAAAGCACAGGACCCCCUGGAGAGAGCUCUGGGCAAGGGCUAAGCAGCACACUCCCCCAGGGGGACGCACUGGUCACCAUGAGGGGAGAAGCUCUUCUCCGACAGCCGCGAGCACGCCGGCCCGAGAGACCAAACUCCCUGGACUUGUCCUUCACCACUAUGGACCUGGCCUCUCUAGGGGAGGGCCUGGUUCAGCCAGAUGGGGCCCUGGGUUCAGGAGAUAAAAUCAAGAAGCGCGUCAAAACGCCUCAUUCAGUGAAAAAGUGGAGACCGACCACAUGGGUCAUCCCUACAGACACGACACAUGAACCGGAGGUCAAUAACAACGGUUCCACCCGCGGGCAUGGGCACAGGGAGAACCGGCCCAAGUCCAGUUCGGCCCUGUAUCUGCGAGGGGGUGGCAGCGACACCCACGUGUGA